UGGGAGGGAAGUGAAGCGGUGUGACGUCAGCACGUUGCCGUAAAGCGCCUGGCAGUGUCUACACGUAUUACAGACCAUUAGCACAAUGGAUAUCCGGCCAAAUCACACGGUUUACAUCAACAACUUGAACGAUAAAGUUAAGAAGGAAGAACUGAAGAGAUCUCUGUAUGCGCUGUUCUCACAGUUCGGCCAUGUCAUGGAUAUUGUGGCUUUAAAGACCAUAAAGAUGAGGGGGCAAGCCUUUGUCGUUUUCAAGGAGCUGAGUUCAUCCACCAAUGCCUUGCGGCAGUUGCAAGGGUUUCCUUUUUACGAUAAGCCUAUGCGCAUUCAGUAUGCAAAGACGGAUUCUGAUCUGGUAGCCAAAAUGCGAGGAACCUUUGGCGACAAGGAGAAGAAGAAAGACAAGAAAAAGAACAAACUUCAAGAACAAGCAGCUAAUGCUGCAAACAAGAGGCCAGCACAGACUCUAGAAACCGAGAACGCACCCCCUGGAGGAGCCCAGAAUCAACAGGUGCCUGAUAAUCCACCAAAUUACAUCCUUUUCUUGAAUAACCUACCUGAAGAAACCAAUGAGAUGAUGCUUUCAAUGUUGUUUAAUCAGUUUCCUGGCUUCAAAGAAGUCCGUCUGGUUCCUGGGAGGCAUGAUAUUGCCUUUGUAGAGUUUGAAAACGAGAACCAGGCAGGGUCGGCACGAGAUGCACUUCAAGGAUUUAAGAUUACACCAUCUCAUGCUAUGAAGAUCACAUACGCUAAGAAGUGAAAACGAUUGACUUUGCUGGACUUAUUUAUAACUUUUUUUUGUAUCGUCUUCACAAGGAAUGUGCUGUUUUCGGUUCAGAUCCAGAAGUACGGGAGAAGUGAUGUCUUUGGCGUCCAUUCAGAUUCUAAUUUUGUACAAAUAAAUGUUUGUUUUAA